UGUGUGUGUGUGUGUGUGUGUGUGUGUGUGUGUGUGUGUGUGUGUACCUGUAUGGAUCCAAUGACUGUGGGAAUGUUAGAUGUACGUUUCUUUCUUCCUACAAUGCCCUUUUCCGGCUAUCCAGUGAUGCGAGUUUCUUCUUUUUUCAGAUAAUUUCCGAUGAAGAUCAAUACGACAGUCACGCCGGCGGACGCCUCGCGCCCUCACCCUGGACGAGACAACCACCGCCAACACCACCACCACCACUACCACCACCACCACCCUCACCACCACCACCACCACCAUCGCCACCACGUGCAGCGGGAGGAAGACCUAAACCACCACCUUCACCACCUUCACCACCACCACCACCACCUCCUCACUCACCACCAGGAUGAGGCGCUUAAUUCCUCUUGUUCGGCUCACACUCCCUCGCCGGCGCACCAAGUCCGGCACCAUCACUACGAUAAUCAACAACAACAACAUCAACAGUUACAACCACAGUAUCCACAUCAGAACCAAUGUAAAGGAGCACCAGAGCACUGUACUCUUCAGCAACAACUACAACAACAACAGUAUAAUCGACAACAACAACAGCAGCAGGAACGACCACAACAGCAGCAGCAGCAGCAGCAGCACACACACCAGGACCAAUGUCGAGGAGCAUUAGACUACCACAUCCUCCGACAACACCAACACCGACAGCAACAGCAAUACCAAGAACAACAACCUACCAAUCAGUACCUGAAGCGACUGGGACCACAAUAUCCACGGGAGAGACUAAAAGAGAACUCUGUUUCUUGUUGGGAAGAACAGACUCCUAAUUCGAGGCAACAACAACAAAAACAACACCAGAAGCUGCAGGAAAACAGAAGCCUGGAGAUCCCCUGUCUUCUGCUCAGGCAGCUGCGUCCCCUGAGGCUGUUCCUCAUGGCGGCGGCGCUGCUGCAAGCCGGGGCUCUCGGUUGUCGCAUCUCAGAGUUCACGUGCGGCAACUUCGAGUGUGUUCCCGCCGACGCUUACUGCGACGGCCAGCCAGACUGCUCGGACAGGACAGACGAGCCCAGGGACUGCUCGCCGUGUAAUCGGACCUUCUACGGGGACGUUGGGCGAAGCUACGAGGUGCAGGUGCAGCGGCCCGUCAACACGCUCACCAUCUUUACCUGCCACCUCACCUUCGUGGCCGAGGGGGACCAGUACGGCGACAUUGUGCAGCUCAUCAUUCAGGACUUCAAGCUCGGGGACUUCUUCAGCUACAACAGCGGGUGUCCUCAAGGGUGGAUGCAGAUCAGCGAGCGGGACCGACCCUACACUGACGGCUACUGGUGUGGUAACGGGCAGGGUUUCAACGUGUACUACAGCGAGACCUCCACCACCACGCUCACACUCAAGAAGUUCAUUACCAUGGACUACAUACACUUCGAGGGCCUCCACCAGUCGCCCUUCAGCUUCCGGCUCACCUACAAGACGCUGCGGCGGAGCGACGCGGUGCUGCGCUACGGCAACGCCACUAAGCCCAAGGACCGCGGCCAGCUGGUGGAAGACUCUGUGUGUACGCGGAUCUUCCUGAACUGUGACCAGAACCUGUGUUCCGUGCAGAGCCCCAACUUCCCCGGCCUCUACCCCCGCCACGUCACCUGCAGCUACCUGAUCCGCCAGACCCGUUACAUCCCCUACGCCAUCCCUCUCAUCACCAUUCACCAAGACAAUCCUCUCAGGUUCAACGUAAAGGCCACCUCGACUCUGCCCAACCAGGAGCCCUCAUCCGGAGGCCUGCAGAUCUGGGGGUCGUGUGACCUGGUGCACGACCACCUUCUCGUCUACGAUGGCAACUCGACGGAAGAGCCGCUCCUCCUCAAGGUGUGUGGUUCGGGCCACCUGCCGCCCAUCACCUCCACGGGGUCGGAAUUGCUCAUUAUCUUCAGCACGUCACGCUAUGACGAGCCCACACAAGAGACGCUCAUGCCGCGGACCUUUGGCUUUGAGCUUGAUGUGAAGGUCACGUACCUCAGCAUGGACUCUCGCAGGUUUGCUCGCAACCGCCAGUGUGUGUUCCACAUCUUCAGCGCCAACAACUCCAGCGGGAAGAUUAGAUCGGUGGUGAACACGCAGCCGCAGAACUCUUCGUGUGUUUACCUGUUCCACGGCGAGGCGCACGAGGUGGUGUGGGUUCACUUCCGCAAGUACGAGAUUAAUCCCAAGAUGGGCCACUACUCCUUCAACAUGACGGAUUGCAUCAACCCGCUCAGAAUAUACGACGGUAACUUCUUCGACACAACAAUGCCUUAUGGGACCCCGCAGCAUGCAAGGCUCAUCCAGGAACACUGCACAGCACGCCCUCCGCCUAUGUGUGCCCGGGAGUAUCUGCCCCUUAAGGCUAGCCACAUCGCCCCGGUGAAGGCGUGCACCAGGAACGAGAGUUAUGUAGCAGAAGGGUCCAAGCUGACGGUUGUGCAGCAUUACAACGAGUCCACUGCCGCGCUGGCUGUGGACUUCAUCCUUCGGUAUGAAUUUGUCAACACCCGACCCGGCUACAGACCCACCAACGGCAGUGAGUGUGACUUUGAAGCGAUCAGUGACGGCUAUUCGCUGAGGACUGGCCGCGUCUUCUCCCCGCGGACUUCGGUGCUGUACGGACGGUGGGGUCGCCGCCGACUCUCCUGCCAAUAUCGUCUUACUGCACAUGGAGACGAGCUCGUGAAGGUCACCAUUACAAAAUUCCAUAGUGCUUAUCGUUCCUGCGUCACCACAACCAACAACUUCACUGGUAAUUAUGACUGUGACGAUCAUUCGGGCCAGACGGUUUCCUUGGUCGUGUCUGACUAUCCUUGGCAGGACAUUGAGGUGCCGCGGCUAUGCCUGUGCGAUUAUUCUGUCAUUCCCAUUACAUACGAGUCAAAGUCUAAAGAACUGCGGCUCAAGUUUGAAGUGAACAACAUGGAUGAAACUCACGACUACUUUGACUUCAUGUUCGAAGCUCAGUAUGAAUUUGUGAAGAAGCCUUCCUGCAAGAAGGAGCAGCGACUGCAGGGAACCAACGGGGAAAUAGUAUUCCGGAAAGCCAACCUUACUGAAAACGAACCGUGUGAUAACUAUCCCUGGCUCUUGCAAACCUCUGACGCCAAAAAGUCCAUUUACUUUAGAAUAAGAGGCUACGACCACAUCGACAAAAAUUGCACCACAACCACACGACUUCUGGUGUUCAAGGUUGGUCGCCUGAGGCCAGUCGGCGUCCUUUGUCCCGACCCAACGAGCGAAAAAGUCGUGGAGCUGUUUAGCUUUGCCUGGCAGGGCUCAGGGACACUUGUGGAGCAGUCUACUGACAAACUGGUGCUGGAAGUGUCUGGGGUGCGGGACAUGGGCCCCCACACCCUGACGUGGCUCCAGGUGUCCCCGGCACGCCAAUAUGACUGGUCUUCGGAGGGUAUCGUGCGAGGAUGUCAAGAGGAGUGUCCCGAGCUAGGCGUCUGCAUCAGCGAGGACUUGUGGUGCGACGGUGUCCAUCAUUGCCCUUCAGGCCACGACGAGCUUAUUGCCCACUGCUUCUUUCUGUCUGUGCCCUGGGCCUACAUUGGCGUCGGUUCUGCACUCAGUAUUAUCCUCCUGGUGGCUGUGACAGUGUACGGGGCGUCACGCCUGCGAACCUCGGACAAGAAGGCGCACCAGCACCAGCCCAUUCCCACGCUGCCUACUGCCUCAGAGUCCCUCUUCUCCUCUGACAAGGACGCAGCGGAGCGAGACGGUGGUGUAACGUCCGCCUACAGCCUCGAUUACAGUGAGGUGGAUUACGUCACCACUUUAUGAGGACCACAACGCUUAGCAUCUUUCAACAAUACUUGCACUCGCGCCCCCGCCACCCGCCCAUCCUCCAGCACAACCCACUCGCUCGACGGCCGCCGCUCACACGAGGCCCGCCGCUCACACGACGCCCACCUCUCACACGACGCCCACCUCUCACACGACGCCCGCCUCUCACACGGCGCCCGCCACUCCCACGACUCACACCGCGCUAGCUCUCGAAGGGCGACCAGCCUUCCGCGUCCUCCCCGACGUUCCCGGGCUCACCACACCCGGUCGGUCAGUGUUCACUAUCACAACGACAUCGAUGACCGCCCUGACUCGCUCCAGCUGUACGUCCCUCCUCCUCCUGCCCCCUUCAGCAGGUCGUACCUCUACACCCUGGCCGCCCUCAACACCCAUCCGCUGGACGCUCUCAACACCCCCACUGGCCAUCCGCGUCGGGGUCAGUAGCUGCCUUCCCGACGCAGUUCACCUCCCCUCCCUCGCUCAGAGGAGUGAUGGCCGGACUGGCGGGGGACGACAACCCACGAGUGCUCUUCCUGAUACCACCGAGGUUGUUCGCGCCCCGGGCGUCGGCGUGCAGAUGACACUGCCGCCUCAAGUAGUACCAAGGCGUCGGGGCACCACCCCGAUCCUCCCCCUGAGCUGCGUGUUUGAUGUACAUGUGUAAAUCGCUUUCCACCACCCUUCGCACGCGGCUUUCUCCGUUCACCUUUCUUGCAAAUGUUUCUAAAUACAAUUUUAUUCCAUAAUUUUCUAAAACUCGUUAUUGAGAUAUGAGCCAGUAGCCGACACUCCACCUUAGCCGCUUUCUGUGUUACGAGACCAAGAGUCGGUGUCUACGGAACCGUGUGUUGACUGAUUUCUUCGUCUGGACGUAGGCGUAGUUGUGUCUGUUUGUUCUGUUGGGUUACUAGUCGUAGCCUGUCUGUCACGCACUCCGUUGCUGAGAGCUGUGAAAUUUUAAUCUAAAAUCAUUAAAAUACGUACACGUGAUAGGUAAAAAAAGAGAAUCAAUAAUUGUCUAAUAUACCUGGAUGAUUAUAUAUGACCAAUAAUAAAGUAUAUACGCAAUCCUCCUCCUCCUCCUCCUCCUCCCACCAACUCCUCCUCCUCCUCCUCCUCCUCCUCCUCCUCCUCCUCCUCCUCCUCCUCCUCCUCUUCCUCCUCCUCUUACUCAUUCUAAUCUUCCUCCUCGUCCUCGUCCUCCUCUUCCUCGUUUCCUACAAAUAUCUCCUCCUCCUCCUCCUCCUCCUCCUCCCACCAACUCCUCCUCCUCCUCCUCCUCUUCUUCCUCCUCCUCUUACUCAUUCUAAUCUUCCUCCUAGUCCUCGUCCUCCUCUUCCUCCUUUCCUACCAAUAUCUCCUCCUCCUCCUCCUCCUCCUCCUCCUCCCACCAACUCCUCCUCCUUCUCCUCCUCCUCCCCUUCCUCUUCCUCCUCCUCUUACUCAUUCUAAUCUUCCUCCUCGUCCUCGUCCUCCUCUUCCUCCUCUCCUCCUCCUCUUCCUCCGCGUCUCCUC